UCCUCUGUCAUCUCUCCGGACUCUCCCGCACGCCCCUCCCCCCUUGACUGCUUAUUCUCCCGCGCGCAAGGAGAGAGGAGGAGCCAUGGCUUCGUUAGCUCUCUCUUCCUCCUCGACCACCCUCCGCCUCUCCUCCCUAGGGUUCCGCUCGCUUCCCUCGAUCUCCUUCCUCCGCUCCCGCCGAUCCCUCGCCCGAGCCGCGAGCCCCCAUGGGCGGCGUCGCCCCCUCCUCGUCCGUGCCCUAACCCUCGACUUCACGGGGUCAUUCUUCGAGGAGGGAGGGGACGAGGAGGGCGACGGGCGCUCGUCGGGGCCUUCGGCGGCGGCGGCGGCGGCUGUUAUGGAGGACAAGGAGGAGCCGCAGUGCCCCCCGGGGCUUCGCCAGUACGAGUCCAUGGCCGUGCUCCGCCCCGACAUGACCGAGGACGAGCGCCUCGCCCUCAUCCAACGAUACGAAGAGUUGCUUGUGGCGGGGGGUGGCAUGUACAUGGAGGUGUUCAACCGCGGAGUCAUCCCUCUUGCAUACAGCAUCAAGAAAAAGAACAAGGCAGGUGAAACCAACACCUACUUAGACGGUAUAUACAUCUUAUUCACCUUUUUCACCAAGCCGGAAUCCAUCAUUGUUCUUGAGACCCGGCUCAAGGCCGACGAUGAUGUUAUUAGAUCAUCAACCUUCAAGAUUCGCAAGAGGAAAUAUUAGCGCCCCUGCUUAUAAGAGAAUUGUGCGCCAGUUUGAGCCCCGUCGCUUUUCUGCUUCUCUCUUCUCUUCAAUUUUUGACUACUUUUAAAUUGUAAGAACACAAUCCUGAGCUUAUUUAAUAACUUUUGAAUAGGUAUUCUUUGAUUGAAGAGAUGUGGUUACUUACAAGUUUCUUUA